GUAAGUGCCAUCGAUAAUGCUCAAAAAAUGGUUUGAUGAUACAACUCGAAGUUACUAUCUUCUUACAUACCGCAUCACCAGUUAUUAUUGGUUUAAGAUAUGCAAAAAGACAUUUCAGUUCAGCUAAGGGUACAGAAUUGGUCAUUAGAUCUAUCAAAGAAUUUGCCCCACAAAUUGAAAGAUUCGUUUUUACUAGCUCAAUUGUUGCAACCCCUACUGUUGCAGAAGUUACGAAUCCUAGUUCUGUAGGGGGUGAAAGCAUUGGUAAUAGACUACGUAAUGAAUCGACCAAACUACUUCAAACACUUUGGAUUUAGAGCCAAAUCAGGAUAUUCCGCAGUUCAAGGGUCACUUAAUAGACGUUAGAGAUGUGGCUCAAGUUUAUAUCAGAGCGUUUACAUCAUCUGAAGCCCAGAGAAAGAGAUUUCCUUCGGUCAAGAUAUUUCGAUAAUCAACUACUUUUGGAUAUCGUAUACUAAUCAGUAAGUUGAACGAUGAUAUAAACCCUUUUCUAUUAAACAAAUAAUGAUUCUGUGCUACCAACCACUUAAAAAUAAGGGUCAUAACUUUUAAAAGAGUUCUUUCCUCUGGUAUAUUUCAUAUUCCAAAGUUUCUCUCCCUAUCCAACCUGGAUUUGUACUCUUUAUAGUUUCUUUAUAUAGACUUCUACUCUUU